AUGGCAUUCAGGGACCAGUUUCAAGAUCUUGGAAUCAUAGGGCGAGGGUCAUUUGGAUGUAUACGUAAGGUGCGCAGGAAAUCCGACUCGAGGAUAUUUGUAAGGAAAGAAAUUUCAUAUAUGUCAAUGAAUUACAACGAAAUACGACAGUUAGCAUCGGAAUUUAAGAUUUUACGGGAAUUACAUCAUCCAAACAUAGUGGAGUAUCUGAACCAUGAGGAUGUUAAAGAGGAGCAAAUGCUCUAUAUAUACAUGGAAUAUUGUGAUGGUGGUGAUUUGGCGAGACUUAUCAAGAAGUACAAGGCUGCAAAGGAGUACAUUCCAGAGAAUCUUAUUUGGCAAAUUUUCAGUCAAGUACUUUUGGCAUUAUACAGAUGUCACAACGGUCUUGACAUUGAGCCAGUUAAUUCGAUAUUCACAUCGACCCCGGACAUAGAGCCUCCUGAGGUGGAAAACUUGCAUGUGGUUAUUCAUAGGGAUAUAAAGCCGGACAAUAUCUUUCUUUUGAGCGAUGGAUACACAGUGAAACUUGGCGAUUUUGGACUAGCAAAACGCUUGUCAUCAGCGAAUGAUUUCGCAAAGACAUAUGUCGGAACGCCUUAUUAUAUGCCUCCAGAAGUCAUCAUGGAUCGUCCUUAUGAUCCAGUCUGUGACGUUUGGUCUCUUGGAUGCGUUAUGUACGAACUUUGCUCGUUAAAGCCACCAUUUCAGGCGAAAACGCACCUUCAACUCCAGGAAAAAAUAAAGGCAGGUGUAUUCGCACCAAUUCCGGAGCAUUAUUCCCACAGACUGAAGAUGUGUAUAAGUGCAUGCCUGAUUACAGAUCCUCGGGAAAGAGCGACCGUAAAUCAGCUGCUUCAAGAUUCAUCAUUCAAGAUAUAUAGAAAGGAGUGGGAGCUUGCACAGAAAGAAACACGCAUGAAGCAGCAAGAAAAAGAGAUGGAGCUAAUGGAGAAGGGACUCAAAAAAUACGAAAGAGAGCUUGAUGAUCAAUGCAGGGAGAUGAAUUUGAAGAAUGAAGAAAUACGGAAUGGAUACAAACGGGAGUUCACUUAUGUUCUUGAAAUACAACUCAACAAGAUUUUGAGUGAACUUCCUUCCUCGGUUAGGCAGCAAUUGCUGGUAAAAUCAAAGGAAAACCAAUCUCCUCAGCAUAGAUAUGGUUCUCCGCCCUCAUUUAGUGGUACGAAACUUAAGGGGCCACGUGACUUGAAGGAUUACACAAAUCACAUGUCAAGACCGCUUGGCCGGAGGUAA